AUGGCAACUCCUACACCCCACUUUUCCAAAGCGUUGAUAGCAAAUUCCUACGACAAAAUGGCUGCUGUUUAUCUGGAAUGGACAUCUAAAUAUCCCUCGCCUCGCGAAGAAUACACGCAAAAGCUUCUAGCAAGUCUUCCGACCAGCAGCGACUUGAAGCUACUCGAGCUAGGAUGCGGAGCAGGAAUUCCUGGCACAAAACUCCUCCUCGAACAUGGUUGUCAAGUGCUUGCAAAUGAUAUAUCUGCAGAGCAGCUCAAGCUUGCCAGGCAAAAUCUUGGCUCGGCCGAUGGAAAGCUAGAACUGAGUCAAAAAGACAUGAUGGAGCUUGAUUUUGGGGAAGGUAGCCUUGAUGCCGUGGUUGCAUUCUACAGCAUCAUCCAUCUUCCACGCACCGAACAAAAGGAUCUCCUUAGCCGAAUACAGAAGUGGUUGAAACCAGGAGGACAUGUUCUUAUCAAUCUUGGAACAAAGGAUGUGGAAGAAGGAAUAGCACACGACUGGCUUGGAGAGGGAAUGUAUUGGAGUGGGUUUGAUACGAAGAGCAAUGAGAGUAUGGUUUUGGAGGCCGGAUUCGAAAUAUUGCAAAGCAAGGUUAUAGAUCAGAGGGAAGAAGAAGAUAAAGUCAUACCAUUUUUGUGGAUCUUGGGGAAGAAGGGGUUGUAG